CACCCCUCCCCCUCCCGUGUCUCCGGUAAUCCUCCGCUCUCUCUCGGUGCGGUCGUCAUGGCGGAAAUUAAAACGGGAAUCUUCGCUAAGAACGUGCAGAAGCGCCUGAACCGAGCCCAGGAGAAGGUUCUGCAGAAGUUGGGAAAAGCAGACGAGACCAAAGAUGAGCAGUUUGAACAGGUGGUCAUCAACUUCCGGAGGCAGGAGACUGAAGGUUCUCGGCUGCAGAGGGAGAUGAAGGCCUACAUGUCUGCCAUUAAAGGGAUGCAGCAAGCAUCCAUCAACCUGACUCAGUCUCUGCACGAAGUCUAUGAACCUGACUGGCAUGGAAAGGAUGACGUCCUGACCAUCGGGAAGGACUGUGAUGCAUUGUGGGAAGACUUCCACAACAAGCUGGUGGACUCGACACUGCUAAAUCUGGAUGCAUACCUGCAGCAGUUUCCAGAUCUCAAGACCCGUGUCGCCAAAAGAAGCCGCAAACUCAUUGACUAUGACAGUGCCCGACACCACAUGGAAACCAUGCAGACGUCUGGGAUGAAGAAUGACCGCAAGAUGAUCAAAGCAGAGGAGGAGCUCAAAAAGGCACAGAAGGUGUUUGAUGAGUUGAAUACUGGUCUACAGGAAGAACUGCCAACUCUUUGGGAUCGCCGAGUUGGCUUCUACAUCAGCACCUUCAAGAGUGUAACGAAUCUUGAAGCAAAGUUUCAUCGUGAGAUCUCACUGGUGUGCAGAGAACUGUACGAAGUGAUGACCAAACUGGGAGAGCAGCACUCUGACAAGAUAUUCACCAUCCAAGGGGCUCCGAGUGAUUCAGGACCUCUACGACUCGCGAGAACCCCAUCACCACCAGAAGAUGAGAGUCCACCUGAUAGUCCAGAUCUCAGCACCAAUCAUAUGCUCCGUCCCAUCUCACCUGGACCGCCUCGACCCAAAUCUCCAAUGCAGCUUAAAAAGGGGCCACCGGUGCCUCCUCCACCAAAGGUCACACCAACCAAGGAGGUGGCAGAGGAACAGAUCAUCGACCUCUUUGGUGGAGAAUUUUUACCUGCUCCUUCGCCAUCACAGCCCAAUGAACGGCCCGGCGAAUCUCUUCUUGAUCUGGACUUUGAUGCUUUUCAACCAGAUGAAAGCGUUUCACCAGUACCACAGACUGCUGUACCAUGGGACAUGUGGUCGGCAAAUACUCAAGCUGCUCAGCCUGCUGCAGAUACCGGCUUUGUCGCUGACUGGUCUGCUGAUUUUGGUUCAGUGUCAGCCAACGGAGAAGAUGCUUCAGGAGCUGAGGAACCUGCUAUCCCUGGAGGUCCGACUGUGGGGCAGGAAGGGGCACAAGAAGGGGUGCAGGGUGAGACUCGGGGCUGGCCCCAGGGAGAAGGGAUUCAGCCAGGUGGAGAAUCAACAGCAAUCACCCGGGACAGUGAAAUCACACCAGCUGAAGAUGAGGUUAGCUGCUGGGAAUCUCAACCUAACUCCAACCUUCAUUCCUCCCUGUGCUGUGGAGAGGAUGAUAGUACAGGGCAGGCAGAUUCAGGGGCAGAUGAAUUAAGGAAGGAAGAUCGCAGAAAGUCUACCCCGGGACUUAUAUUCACCAAUGAGUACGGUGAACAAAUUGAGGAAAUUGCAGAGGACAGAGGAGACAAAUGGUCCAGGUCUCCUGAAGGGUCAGGAUCUGAAUAUGAAACUGCUGAGGAGUGGGGUGAUGGUGGUCAGGGAGGAGGCUGGGCAAGUGCUGAUGAUGAGCUUUCAUAUGAUGAUCGAACCCAAGAGAAGAGCCAGAAGGUUCAGGCAGGUGGAGCUGUCCCAGGAGAUUGUCCUCAAACAAGAGAAGUUGUUUCCGAUUGUUCUAGUAUUGCAGCCAAAAGAAACAGAAAUAAUUCAUCCGAAGCAGUGCCAGAGAGACCAGAUGUUUAUCAAGAUCACUGUGAAACUGAAGGAGAAACAGAUGAAAGAGUUUAUUUCUCUGAAACACAGGGAGGUGCGUUUGAUUUUGAUCUUAUCUCAGAAAAACAGGGAGGAGGUGCGUUUGAUUCCGAUCUACUUGCAGAAACUUGUGGAGGAGGUGCGUUUGAUUCCGAUCCUUUUGCAGAAACACAGGGAGGAGGUGCAUUUGAUUCCGAUCCUUUUGCAGAAACACACGGAGGAGGUGCGUUUGAUUCUGAUCCUUUUGCAGAAACAAAGGGAGGGGGUGCGUGUGAUUCAGAUCUUAUUGCGGAAACAAAGGGAGGAGGUGCGUUUGAUUCCGAUCCUUUUGCAAAAACACAGGGAGGAGGUGCGUUUGAUUCUGAUCCUUUUGAAGAAAAACUGGGAGGAGGUGCGUUUGAUUCUGAUCCUUUUGCAGAAACACAGGGAGGAGGUGCGUUUGAUUCCGAUCAUAUUUCAGAAACACAGGGAGGAGGUGCGUUUGAUUCCGAUCCUUUUGCAGAAACAAAGGGAGGGGGUGCGUGUGAUUCAGAUCUUAUUGUGGAAACAAAGGGAGGAGGUGCAUUUGAUUCUGAUCCUUUUGCAAUAACUCAGGGAGGAGGUGCGUUUGAUUCUGAUCCUUUUGAAGAAAAACUGGGAGGAGGUGCGUUUGAUUCCGAUCCUUUUGCAGAAACACAGGGAGGAGGUGCGUUUGAUUCCGAUCCUUUUGCAGAAACUUGUGGAGGAGGUGCGUUUGAUUCCGAUCCUUUUGCAAAAACACAGGGAGGAGGUGCGUUUGAUUCCGAUCCUUUUUCAAAAACACAGGGAGGAGGUGCGUUUGAUUCUGAUCCUUCUGAAGAAAAACAGGGAGGAGGUGUGUUUGAUUCAGAUCCUUUUGCACAAUCACAUUGUGGAGACAAAAUGGGUGGUUUUGAAUUUGAUCCAUUUGCUGAGACUUCAAAGAAAGCUGAGGCUGUGUUAACUGGGGAUAGAAAGAGUGGGUGGGAUUUUUCCAACAGUUUCUCAGCCAUCUCUUCAGGGACCGGGGCUCCUGCUUCCAGCAAUACCUCCUGGCAGGAAGGUAGUGGCAGCAAAAAUUCUGCAUCCAUCUGUGGAACAGCAGCAGCAGGAAAUAAAGAAGUAAACAAUCCCCGAAUUCACAAAGAACCAGAAAAUUCAGACAUGUCCGAAGAUGAGGCGGCAAACCGGAGAUUUGGAAAGUUGUACCAAGAGCUAGAUACAGAAAAGGAAGAGGAUCCAUCAUUUUUCGCAGAUUUUGAUAAGAUGAAUGAAGGAAACAGUGAAUCAAAUGACGCUCUGGAAGCUGCAGAGGCCCAAGCUGCAGGCUCAAGAGAGCCUGCAGCAGAAGACAAACCUCCAUCUCUCACUACUGGAGGAGAGCAAGAUGAGUGCCCACCUCUUUUUGCUGGAGAGGAACCUGUAUCUUCAACUGCAGGAGCAGAGAUGGAGGAACCUCCAGCUCCCCCUGCUGGUGAGGUGGAAGAAUCUGGAGCUGCUCCAGCUGGUCAGGACGAUACAGACACACAUUCAGACAGCCUGAAGGAGGAAAAGCCUGCUUCAACAGUGGUAUCUCCAGGCUCAGAACAGGCAGAGGUCAGUGAGAUUCCUUCUGCUGAACAGGCCAAAACUUCUCCCAGUGAAGCAGCUUCAUCGGAAAAUAUGCCAAUCCCUUCUGUUGUGAUUGAGCCUGCCUCAAGUAACGAAGGUGAUGAUGACCGAGAUGCUGACAUCAUCUCUCCCACUGCAAUCAGUGACAAUGGGGUGACAACUGAAAACCAGAACAUCAAGCAUAUCAGUCCUUCUGGGGGAGCGUCUGGACUUCCUGAUGAUUUCCUUUACAAGGUGGAGACCAUACACGACUUUGAGGCUGCAAAUUCAGAUGAACUUGACCUGAAGAGAGGCGAUGUGGUUUUGGUGGUUCCCACUGCCUCAGUGGAAGAUCAGGAUGCUGGCUGGCUCACAGGGAUCAAGGAAAGCGACUGGUUAACAUUUGGAGCUGGUGCUCAAAAAGGACUUUUCCCAGAAAACUUUACUCAACAUUUGGAGUAAGAUGUUCCCUGACAUGGCAAAAUGAUAAGUAGAAACAUGAGUAAUCUGUGUCCCAGCCAUUGAAUCAGCAUGUAGCCAUUCCUUUUCUUGUACGUUGUACCUGCUGCAGCUGUCUGCUGGACAAACAAUAAAGUUUCUCUGGCAGGUGAAACUGUACUAAAAUGAAAUGUUAUUGUUAAAAAAAAAAAGGAAAAAAAGAAGAGAGAGAGUAGUACUCUUCCGAGUUCCCCUGAUGAUUUAAGCAUGGUGUGGUAGUAUGUUCCACCCUCCUGUGGAAGUAAGAUAUGCCUUUUGUUUAAAUAGAAAUUAUAUAUAAAACAAUAAUAACUCAACAACAAAAAGCUUGAAGUGACCAGGUGAAAACAAAGGAAAAAGAUAAAACUGUCUUUGCACUGUGUGGUAAUCAUUUUGUUUUGCUAUGAAAGACUACAGAAACUUUAAUGCUGUGAUUUGUUUGUGAGUGCAACAUGAAACUUGGGUUUCUUUUUUCUGACACGUUGUAACUGUAACUCUUGAAUCACUGUUGAUGUUUUCUGUGUUAUCAUUAUUGGGUGUGUGGUGAUUGAUCUUUCAUUUGUAAUAUGUGUUGAUGAACUAACUCACUGACCCGUGUUGCUUUGGUUCUGCUAAGGGGAAACUGAUGUUUAUUGUCUGGGUUUUGGCACACAAAGUAGUGCAAAUGCUGCAUGAAAAUCCUAAAUAUUCAAAGUACAUAUACUAAAGAUGACAAAUAAAGAAUUUCUUGUGUGUUACGCAUAGAUUUGUGUAUGGCAUAUCAUCUGAAAAUUUGGUUACAAGAAAAAAAAAAAGCAAAUAAGGAAAUUUUUUGUCAGCGGUUUAAGUGUUUCAUCAAAUAGAAGGUAUUAACAAACCAGUCUGCAAUUAUUUUUUUAGGCUUCAGAAAAAUUACUCUUAUACUCUAGAAAAUGUAAACCUUCAUCAAACUGGUUUUGAUAGCCAGGUGAAGCCUCCCAGUAGACCUUUAUGUGAUGCACACAGCCUUGAGAUAAUAUUGGUGUAAUGAAUUAAAUAGUAAAUUCCAUGUUUGAUAUUGUAUAUGGUUCUAUGCUAAUAAAAUAAAUAAUAAAAUA